CCGCCGUAGACCCAUCGAAGUCUCCGAAACGACAGAAAACCCCUGCGGAGGAGGUGGAAACAUCUGGGGAGAGGACGGAGGCGGCGGGGACGGGCUGCAGCUCCGGGCAGAGGGAUGAAACGGCAGGUAACGAAGCCGUGGAGAGCCCCGGCGCGGAGCAGGCAGCCCGUGUUGGCAGCGACGGCGGCUGCACUGCCAGCCAUUCUGAGGUGAGUGUCGAGUCCGGUGCUGGAGUCGACACAACGACAUGCAUUUCACCGGAGGACCUAACGGCGCCUGAAAAGAUGGCCGAGGCUCCGGGCGGAGAGCAGAAGGAUUUCGACUGGUCAGAAACUGAAGACGACGACGACGAGGAGCAGCAGACACACACGGAGGGAGAUGAUAAGUGCGACCUUAAUAAUGCCACUGAGAGUGCAAAAGAUGUGCAGCAUGUGGAUGAUAACAUCACCACAGAGGUGGAGAAAAACUCACAGAGUGCACCGGCCCAGGAUGUGGCGACGGCAGGUGACAGGAUGGAGGACGCGGUCGACGACGACGAGGACCGGGGGGAGGAUUCGACUGUUAAACAGAAAAAGUGCCGUUUGGUGUGCAAGGAGUGUGGGAAGAGGUUCGACCGCCGCGAGACCUUCAACCUCCACCGCCACUUCCAUGCUCACGAGGACGAGCUCAUGCCCCUCACCUGUAAAGAAUGCGGCCUUACCUUUCAGCACCGCAGCAGCCUCAUUAAACACAGAAACGAACAUAAAGAGAAAGAGGAGCAGCUUGUCACCCCGAAGAAGGAGGUGCAAGCGAAGGAGGAGGGGAGUUUUGAAUGUGCAGAAUGCCAGAAGAUCUUCGCCACGGCCGACAAGCUGAGGGACCACAGCUGCAGCAAUACAGUAGAAAAGCCUUACCACUGCCCCCUGUGCCGCCAAGAGUUCCAGUUCAAGGUGUCCGUCACUAAGCACAUGAUGAUGCAUUCCCUGGAGAGCCACUACACAUGCCAAGAGUGCAACCAAACGGUCCCAAACGCAGUGGCCCUGCGCAUCCACCAGAGAUGUCACAACGCCCUCAAGCCCUACGAGUGCCCCGAGUGUGGGAUGGUUUUCAAACACUACUCCGUCAUGGAGGACCACCGGCGCCGGCACACUGACAACAGCCGCUCUCACCUGUGCAACAUUUGCGGUAAGACUUUCAAAUACAGCAGCCUCCUCCAUCAGCAUCAGUAUCUGCACACGGGCCAGAAGCCCUUCCGCUGCCCCGAAUGUGGCAAACAAUUUGCUUUUGCCCAGAACAUGAAGGCGCACUGCCGCCAGCACAGACUGCGUGAAACCAUCAGCGAGCAGCCCAGCAAACAGCCCCCUGUGCCGGUGCAGGAGGCAGUUAAAGGGCCGGGAAAAGAGAACACGAAUCAGAGCGAGGAACCAAAACGCACAUUCAACUGCCCUCUGUGUCCCCAGACGUACUGUGUGCCAGCUAAUCUCAGAGCCCACAUGCUUAUUCAUGAGGCCGAGUAUGAGAAGCUGGAAAGGACGCCUCGACCCCCGAAGGAGAUUAACAAGUAUUGGGAAAAAGGGCACACCUGUCCGCACUGUCCGAGUGUCUAUCGCGAUGAGUCCAGUUUAAAUGUACAUCUGUUAAGUGUCCACAAGUCAGUUGCACAGUAUUUAGAAAAAAUGGCGGCAGCACCCCCUAAAAAACAGUUAGCUCCAUUAAGCAGUGAAAAUAUGCAGGGGAAAUGGAAGAGUGAAAACAUUAGUGUCAAAUCGUACAAGUGUUCAGAGUGUGGGAAAACUUUCCGCCAUCGCUCAGUGUUAGAGUUGCAUAUGCGCAUACAUUCCAAGGACAAGCCUUACCAGUGCAAAGUGUGCAACAAGGGCUUCAGAUUCAGUAGCUACUUACAACAACAUCUCAUCAUCCAUACAGGCAAGAAGCCAUACAAAUGCCCAGACUGUGGGAAGGACUUUGCUUUCCUGCAGAACAUGAGAACACAUCAAAAGCUGCAUCAGGAAAAACCGUUCCGCUGCACCAGCUGCCGCAAAGGCUACAGCGAUGAGACCCAACUGCAGCACCAUAUGUUAUCGCAUAACGGUGACAAGCCUCACAAGUGUGACUUGUGUGACAAGAGCUUCGGAUUAGCAUAUCUGCUCCGUGAUCACAUGAACACGCACACAGGAGAGAGGCCUCAUCGCUGUGAUGAGUGUCAUAAAACCUUCUCGUGGUUCAGCAGCCUGCUCGUGCACCAGAAAAUCCACGCUCGCAAGCGGCAGGGUUUCAGCCCGUACAACUCUCUCCCGAACAACGGUGGCGCUGUUAAGCUAACGCGCACUAGCCUGGGUGAGCUAGCACUAGCAAACAGCCACACCAAGAUGGACGAAUCUGCUCCCGCAUCGAUCAGAGGAGAGGACGGAGCUGAAAACAAGCCAUGCGAUGGCGAAACGACCUCUGAAAACAGCAUCGGUCCGCGGACUGAAGAUACUGCUGAUAGGGUUGGGGUUUUCUGCUGUCGGGAUUGUGGAGAAGCCUUCAGAGAGGAGGCAGCCUACUUGGAGCAUCGACGUCAGCACCCGCAGGAAAACAUGUAUUUAAACGAACAGUUGGACGGAUUACGCGAAGCAGAAAAGGACAAUGAAGCACCCCUUCUCUGUACUGUAUGUUCACUCUCGUUUGUUGAACUGAGUGAAUUCCACUCACAUAUGAAAGAGACCCAUGAUCAAAUCGCUCAGGAGGAGUCUGGCAUUCAGAUUAAUUCUGGGAUAACAAAGCAGCACUCCUACGAAUGUCCAGACUGUGGGAAAUCUUACGUUGUGAUUGGACACUUCCUCAACCAUCGGCGCUCACACAGUCAACCCACCAAAUCAGUUUUUAAUGACCUUGAACAUUUGAAAAAGAAGUCCUUUCAGUGCGAGUCUUGUGGGCGGAAUUAUUCUCGAGCUUCAGCUCUUGAUGCCCAUCGUCGUUGUCAUGAGGAAAAGUUGGUAAAGUCAAAAAACAGGAGCUCAAGAGACGCAACUCAAACUGGAGAGUCAGUGUUAGAAACGAAGCCCAAUGAAAAUCAGACCGAAGACUAUUCGGAAAAACUUUAUGAGUGUUCAUGUGGCAAAUCUUUUUCUGCCCUGAUGCGACUUAAAACACAUCAGCGAUUUAGCCGCAACAGCCAGUGCGCUCCAGAAGAAAUGAUACCAAAACCAAAGAAGAGCGGCAGUGAGUUUUACUGUAGUGAGUGUAAAAAGGCUUUCAGUGGCCACAUUGCCCUCUUUAACCACCAGCGAUGGCAUGCUAAUCACUCAGACAAUUGUGCAAAAAGGUUCCCGUGUGAGGAAUGUGGAAAAGUAUUCAUGACUCUGACGUUCUACUACAGACAUCAGCGCACUGCUCACAGCGAUGAGACGCCAGCAAAGUCGUUUCUUCAUCAAGUGUGUCAGCUGCAGAAAAAGGCAUUUGAAUGUAAAAGUUGUGGGCUCAAGUUUUCCAGGGCUUCUGCACUUCAUUCUCAUGAGCUCCAACACACAGAUGCUUAUAAAGAAACAGAGGAGGCGGGUCAGAUGCGUUCCUCGCUGCUAUCUCAAGACAGAAUGUUGGAAAGUGGUAUCAAAGAAAACCUGGAGGCUCCUGCAGAGGAUAAAGGGCCUCCAGAGAGCUUUCUUCCUGCCAGUAUGGCUGAAGAAAUCUAUGUAAAUGACACUGACGAAGACAUGGAGAGUUACGAACCUGGAGACUUCGAUGUGCAGGUGAUCAGCGCGAGUGAAUCUGAGGACGAGCCCGUCCAAGACCUGAACCCUGAUCUUGAGCUGCUGUGUGAAUCAGAUCAGGAUGUAAGAGAUGACGAAGUUUCCCUCGAAAGUCUUCUGGUUUCAAAACCAGAGAUGGACCUGAAAAUUGUAGAAGUUGACUUUGAGCAAGCCGACGAGCAGUGUGCACUGAUAGCGAGCGAAGCCGAGAACGCGACAGCAGAGGAAAGAUUCGAUUGUCCAGAGUGUUAUCGCUGGUUCACUAGUCCCUCAUCGCUGCGUGUUCACAGAAUGUGGCAUGGCGUUCAUAGGAGAAGACAACAGCAGAAUCAAGGUCAGUCAGUGGCAGCUUACACGUGCGACACAUGUGGCCAUGAAGCCCGUAGUGUUGUGGAACACUGUAAUCACAUACAAACCCACAAUGAUCAAAACCUGAGCAGUGACAUAUUGGAUGAGGCAGAGGGUUUAGAGGGGAAAAAUCUGACAUGCAAAGAGUGUGGCAAAUUUUUCUCUCGUUUAUCUGCUUUAGUUUCUCAUCAGUUACAUCAUCCCAAAAGAAAACCGUUUCGGUGCCCAGAAUGCAUGAUGUCUUAUUCACAUGCAGCUAGCCUCUUUAACCAUAUGAAAACCUGCUCAGCACAGAAGAAGGAAAAUAUUUCUGCCAGUAAAAAAGAAUACAAUCCAAAGAAAACCCUACUAGGCCCAAAGAUCUAUCAUUGCGAACAGUGCGGAAAGGGGUUUUGGUCAUUAGGGGCUUACUCCCACCACAAGCAAAGUCAGACAGAGUGUACAGAUUUGAGGCUGAGAAAAGGUGUAGGAUCUCUGCACUCUGUUAACGGACACCAACGCUCCAGCGCUAAGGUUGCAUGUCCGGUGUGUGGCAGAAAGUUUCGCCACAGGGGCAUUAUGGCGUUGCACAUGCGCAAACAUGAAAACGGAAAUCACAAAUGCGAGCUGUGCAACAGGUCAUUCCGUCUUUUUUCCAGCCUCCUCAGACACCAGGUGGUGCACAGCGACCAGUUGCUCCCACCACCCAUUAAGUCUUUCCAGCAUCAGGUCGAGCAGUUGAAAAAGAACACGUAUAGCUGUCCUGACUGCGGGAAGCUGUUUUCGCGGGAAAAAGCGCUGCAGUUUCACAUGAAAAGCCACGGCUACGAGACGGGGCACUCUCCGUCGUCACCAAGAUCCACAGUCGGGCUGGAGGAUCUGCAGUGUGCGACAUGCCUUGCACAUUUCAGCAACAAGGUCUCGUUAAGGGCCCAUCAAAAGCUGUGCAUUAAAAGAGAGAGUCACGUAGUUGCGAAGACAGAAUUGUUAGAAAAUAAUGAUGAUCUGAAACUGCACAAAGAAAGUAUGGAGGCCAGCACAGAGGAAAGUUCUGACCAGUUCAAGGUGCAUGCGGAAAUAAAGAAUGAAACAGACGAUGUGGGCAGCUUAGAAAACCCAAGUACAAGCAAUUUGGAAUACAAUUUUUACAAAAGAAUGCAUUCUGAGGAUGUAGCAAAAUCAAAUUUGGCCAUUUCUGUCGUGUUUAAGAAACCUAAAGACGAGCCAAGUAAAGGGAUAUUUCACUGUUCAGAAUGUGGGAGGCGAUUCAUGACCAACGCGGCGCUCGGCUCUCACAAACGAUGGCACAAAGAUAAGAAAUGGUCUCGGACCUCGCUGAAAGACGACGAUUUGAAACCUGUGAGCCACAAGGCUGACGACGGACCUUUUCACUGCGACAAGUGUGACAAACAGUUUUUCAACCAUCGCGUUCUUAAGCGCCACCAGAUGUUCAGUCCUCACUGUCACGCCAAAACUGAGCCGGAUUCAGACAAAAGUACAGAGAGCAGCAGCGACACAUCGGAGCCGUUUGCAUGUCCAGAAUGCAACAAGACAUUUGCAAAGAGUUCACUACUCGUUUCCCACUAUGAAAACGAACACAGUGAAAUGUUGGACGGUCAGGGAGAUGAGCCACUAGAACCGUUAGAACAAAUCCCAGGACAGGCCGACGUAAACUGCAGCGGGAAGAAGUCAGUGACACUGAAGCCAAAAUCUCACCAGUGUAACCUCUGCUCCAUGACUUUUGCAAAAGCAAGAGGUCUGCGGGCUCAUAAAUGGCAGGCCCACUCGAAGAGCACAAAAGGCAAAAACAAGGUUGAUUUGAGUGUAAAAACGGAGCCCGUUGCCUCAAGCAGUGAAGUCAGCAAAAAAGAAGAUUCACCAGCUCCAGAAAAUGCUCCAGUUAUGGUGAAAAAUAGCCCUGUUAUCAGAGGAAAGAAGAAAAUCGGAUCAGACCCCCUGCCUGCUUCUUGUCUUGACUGUGGGAAACGGUUCAGUUCUGCAGGUGGCCUCCUCGAGCAUAAGAAAGUUUGCCCAGAAGCAACGCAGGGGUCUAAACUGGAGGUCCAAACUCUUGAAGCCGAGGUUCCCCCAUCGCUCGGCCGUCUGUCAGAGCAAACAGUUAAAUGCCUCUUUAAGUGCGAUAAGUGUGGCAAAGCCUUCCAAACAGAGGAGCACUUAGGGAACCACAAGGCCAAGGCGAAGAGCCGGCCUUACUGCUGUGCUCUGUGCUGCCACGGCUUCUGGACCGAGAAUCAGCUGCAGCAGCACCUCGCCUGGCACGACGAAGUCCGCUGUCGGCUCCCCAACGAGGUUCGCUACAGGCUCAGCGCCGCCAUGACCUCAAAGCUUCUGAGACCCAACCUCCUCACUGCUGACGGCAAAGGGAAGCCUUUUCUGUCUUCAGCCACUGGCCAAUCGCAAAGUAGCCAUAAGUGCCAACGCUGUGGCAAAGCCUUUCUUUCACCAACUGCGUUACAGAACCACGAAACCGAGCAGUGCACCGGCGGCGACUCGUACCGCUGCUCCGUUUGCCCCCGGACCUUCAGUGAAAUCCAAGACCUUAUCGAUCACCACCAGGAAUGUAUCAGCGAUUACAAAAGACCGAGCGACGCCCCCGCUGCUGCAGUCUCAUCGGGAGACACGGAUGGCCUUACUUGCCUUGAAUGUGGAACUACUUUUUGUCAAGAAACUGAUUUGCACCAGCACUAUAUCGAGCAUGCCCGCGGAGCGUGUUAAAGAAACUGUACAUAAGCGAAGGAAUGACACUGUAGAUUGUGGGACUGUUUCUUUUUGAGACUGCCAAAUGUGUUAAGCUAGAAAAUUCUCUGUUGGACCUUUAAUUUUCCCCGAGUAUUAACACACUUUCCUUAUUUGUUUGUACAUAUUUUGAGAUUCUUUAUAUUUAAAAAAACAAAAAAAAACAAAAGCAGUUUCUUAGGUUAUUUUCCAAUUCUCAGGCUUUUCCUUUACACUGGACUAGUAUCUGUAUAAAUGUGAAAGUAUAACCGCUUUUAUACACUUAGGUUGAUGUCAGUGACGUGUAGUUUCGAGCCACCAUUUUUGAAUGAAUGUCAGUUGAACCUUGUUAUUACCGUUUAGGGGUUUCGCUGGCUUAAGUGUUGGAAUUCAUAUUUAGAUAUAUCAAAAAAAGAUUUAGAAACAUGUAUGCAUGUCUGUCCUCAUGCAUUUAAAAUGUCCCGAGAAAUCAAAUGUCCUGUCGACACACUACUUAUUGCAAACUUUAUGAAGACACUGAAGUAAAUCUGCAUCGCAAAUAUAUAUAUAUAAAUACUAAUUAUGCUGCUGUUAUUUUUAACACCUGAGAUUGUGCUGAAUGAGUUGAACAGAAAGAUGAAUCAUGUAAAAUCCAACAAUGUGCACUAUUUUUGGAAACUGGUUAAAAGAAAUGUACGACAAAAUUUAACAGUCAAGCUCUUAAACGCCCAUGUUGUUUCUUUUCAGUGUUAUAUUUCUAUGUUGUGGAAAGACUAUUCAUUACUUAAACUAGAAUAGUGAUUAUGUUCUUGUAGGAGAGUUGUUCAUAGAAAAAAAAAACUUUACUGUAUUAAUUUAUGAAAAUUUUUCCUUUUUUUUCUCUCUUUUUUUUUUGUUUUGUUUUGCUCUAGAUGACCAAUUUACCAUUUGACUACUUGUUUAACUUGCUGUUUCGGAAACAAAGAAGAUUAAAGGUGUCUAAGAAGUGGAAAAAUAAAUUGAUUAAUUUUUGCGGAA